GGUACUCAGUAACGGAAACACCAAAGCCUUCCUCAGUCCGUCUGUGUAGAAUUUCCGCGAGAACAUCUUGCGGACUGUGAAGGGGGAAAAAAACAAUGUUCUGAAAGAAACUGCGUAUUUAAAAGGUUUAUUUAAAAUGGGUAAAAGGGAUAAAGGAGACCGCGAGUCCAAAAAGUCCAAAAAGCGUUUCCACGAGGACGACGACGAUGAAGACGAGUUGGCGGGCACGGCCGGCGAGUCUCAGGACAUACCCGCCGCCGCGGGGAAACAAGUGGACGAGUCGGGAACAAAACUGGACGAGUAUGGAGCCAAAGACUACCGCGCUCAGAUGCUGCUGAAGAACGAUCACUCCUCUCGCCCCCUCUGGGUGGCUCCAGAUGGACAUAUCUUUCUGGAGGCCUUCUCACCAGUGUAUAAGUAUGCCCAGGAUUUCCUGGUGGCCAUCGCGGAGCCAGUGUGCAGGCCCAACCACGUCCACGAGUACAAGCUGACGGCCUAUUCCCUGUAUGCGGCAGUCAGUGUGGGGCUGCAGACCUCCGAUAUUGUGGAGUACCUGCAGAAACUCAGCAAGACGUCUGUGCCUGAUGGAAUCGUGCAGUUCAUUCAGCUCUGCACAGUGAGCUACGGCAAAGUCAAGCUGGUGCUCAAGCACAACAGGUAUUUUGUAGAGAGUGCCUUCCCCGAUGUGAUCCAGCGCCUUCUGCAAGACCACGUGAUCCGGGAAUGUCGUCUCCGUACUGCAGACGGAGCCGACACUGAGCUCAUUACUGAAAUCAUCCACAGCAAGUCGGCGAUCUCCAAGUCUGUUCAGGAAAAGGGAGGUACAUCCGACUCACAGCAGCCCAGCGACGGACAAACUUCGACCCAGCAAGUCCCCGAGGACAUCUUCAGCUACUAUGAACAGAUGGAUAAAGAAGAGGAGGAGGAAGAGGAGACGCAGACUGUGUCCUUUGAGAUUCGCCAGGAGAUGAUUGAAGAGCUGCAGAAGCGCUGCAUCCAGAUGGAGUACCCCCUCCUCGCAGAGUACGACUUUCGCAAUGAUACAGUCAACCCGGACAUCAACAUCGACCUGAAGCCCACCGCUGUGUUGCGGCCCUACCAGGAGAAGAGUCUGCGCAAGAUGUUUGGGAAUGGACGUGCUCGAUCCGGGGUCAUUGUGCUGCCCUGCGGUGCUGGCAAAUCUCUGGUGGGCGUGACGGCGGCGUGCACCGUGCGUAAACGCUGCCUGGUGUUGGGCAAUUCCUCAGUGUCAGUGGAGCAGUGGAAGUCCCAGUUCAAAAUGUGGUCCACCAUCGACGACUCUCAGAUCUGCCGCUUCACCUCGGACGCGAAGGACAAACCCAUCGGCUGCUCGGUGGCCAUCAGCACCUACUCCAUGCUGGGUCACACCACCAAGCGCUCCUGGGAGGCAGAGCGGGUCAUGGAGUGGAUGCGGAGCCAGGAAUGGGGACUCAUUAUCCUGGAUGAGGUGCACACUAUCCCUGCCAAGAUGUUCCGUCGUGUUCUGACCAUUGUCCAGGCCCACUGCAAAAUGGGGCUCACUGCUACGCUGGUCAGGGAAGACGACAAGAUCGUGGACCUCAACUUCCUGAUUGGGCCUAAGCUAUUUGAGGCCAACUGGAUGGAAUUACAGAACAAUGGCUACAUUGCCAAAGUCCAGUGCGCAGAGGUGUGGUGCCCAAUGUCCCCGGAGUUUUACAGAGAGUACGUGGCGAUCAAGUCGAAGAAGCGCAUUCUGCUGUACACCAUGAACCCCAACAAGUUCCGUGCCUGCCAGUUUCUCAUUCGCUUCCACGAGCGCCGCAACGACAAGAUCAUGGUCUUUGCUGACAACGUGUUUGCCUUGAAGGAGUACGCCAUCCGCCUCAACAAGCCUUACAUCUAUGGUCCGACCUCUCAGGGGGAGCGUAUGCAGAUUUUACAGAACUUCAAACACAACCCGAAGAUCAACACCAUUUUCAUCUCCAAGGUUGGAGACACAUCCUUUGACUUGCCAGAAGCCAAUGUUCUGAUCCAGAUCUCCUCCCACGGGGGAUCACGCAGACAGGAGGCCCAGAGACUUGGGAGAGUCUUACGAGCAAAGAAAGGAAUGGUAGCAGAGGAGUACAACGCCUACUUCUAUUCUCUGGUGUCCCAGGACACCCAGGAGAUGGCUUACUCCACCAAAAGGCAGAGGUUCCUGGUGGACCAAGGGUACAGCUUCAAGGUCAUCACUAAGUUGGCCGGUAUGGACGAAGAGGACUUGAUGUUCUCCUCCAGAGAUGAGCAACAUCAGCUGCUGCAGAAGGUCCUGGCCGCUUCAGACCUGGAUGCUGAGGAGGAAGUGGUGGCAGGGGAGCUGGGCGCACGACCACAGUUCUCGAGGCGAAUGGGCACCAUGAGCUCCAUGUCGGGUGCGGACGACACCGUCUACAUGGAAUAUCACAGCCGAGGCAGCAAAUCCUCCAUGUCGAUCAAGAACAUUCAUCCGCUGUUCAAGCGCUUCAGAAAGUAGUCGCACUGACACCGACCAUGCCACCCAAAGACCUACUCGGUUGGGGCAGGGCAACGGGGUGAAGUUUGGGCACAAUAGCGGUUGAGGCCAAGAGGCUAGGAAGCAGCCUGCUAGCAAACGCUUCAGAUAGUCCAGCUGGUCUGGAGAGCAGAGCAAAGACUGAAGAAUAUAUUUUCUUAGCGUGACGAUAAUACACUGUACGUUGCUUCCCCAUGGUGGUGAUUGUAGAAUUCACCUUCACAACGGCUACAUCUGUACCUGCAGGGCUCAGCCGCUCGGUGUGAUGAAUCUGAACGUUUCAGCUCCAGCUUCCUCAAACAUCUACAUGCGCAACGGCCUACUGUUUAUUCUGAUAUUGAAGCUUUGUCAUGAACCAUGUCAUUUUUAUUUCUGUGUAGGUGUUGCAGUGAUGCGCCUAGCCAAUUAUUGGCACGCUCUACAACUAAGUUAUAUUUUGUUUAUGAUGUUCAAGUUCCGCAACUUUUAAAGGCUUUGACUUUCUGUCUGCAGCACAUUUCAGCCACAAAUGUCUGUAUGUAGGACGAGGAUCGACAAAUACUGGAGUUUUACGGAUAGUACGGAGAGUUCAUGAUGGCCUCACUCGACCUGUACUGAGUCUGUGGAGGAAAAACGGAUUUGACUUUUCUUAAUACAGCUUUGUUUAAAUGAGGCUAAUUCUCCCUGAAUGGCUCCAUCUGAGCUGUGUCCUCAGGAGAGAGUUGAAGAGCGUUGGCAUGGAAGGAGCCAAGGUGGACUUGAAAAUCACGUGUUGGAAGGCUUACGGAUUAGGGGUUCAGAGGAUGGACUUCGAAGAAAGUUUAGCUUUCAAAAUGCAAAAUAAAAAGGAAAAGAAGUGUGUUGAUUGA